AACAACAACAUGUGCUACACAUACGCUGUAGUCCAAGUAUACAAACGAAAUAAAUAAAAAAAACAAAAAGAAAUUAAGAUAUUUUGGCCCAACUUCAAAACAUACAAAUCGUUUGUGUAUUGCUCUGUUAAUUGACCACAAUACGAUGGGGCCGUCGCACGUUGGAGGUACAACACACAUAAUGCCAAAUUUAAAUUAGUUUCCCAAGAAUCACACAGCCAGCUAAAAGAUUAUUACAUAGCCCUCCAACAUUCGAGAUUUGAGAAAUUGAAAAAAAAAAUUGAAAAAUAAUGCAAAAUUUUAGUGAAAAAGUCAUAUUCACCGCGGACAAUAAUGCACAAUUUGGCAGACACUUGAAAGCAGCCAUUGAUGUUGAGGCCGGUGAUGUGUUGAUCGAGGAAUCACCACUCUUGGUGACAACCCAUUGGGAAUGUGAACAAAUGAAAUGUGCCAAAUGUUGUGAGGAUUCGUUUGUAAUUUGCAAAAAAUGCAACUUCUUUCCGCUGUGCAUGGACUGCACGGAACAUGAUCCGUUUGAAUGUGAGUUCUUUUGUAAUGCCACCAAAGCGAUUUCCAAAAAUCUGCUCAUCAACAAUUAUGCCCUGAAUUCGAUUAUAAAACUCCUGAUGGUCAUUGAAAAUCCCAAAUCGUUGGAUUCUUGUACAAAUCUAACGCCAAAUAAUUUCAAAUUGAAUGAAUAUCGUGAUACGGAAAUGUGGAUGGAUCAUGCCACCAAUAUUGUCCAACCCCUGCUACAUUCGGGUCUAAUGGAUUGCCUCAGGAAUUUACAGAAGGCCAAAGGCGAUAUGCGUGAUGCAGAUUUUUUACACAAACUCUGUAUAUUGAUUGAUGCCAAUGCUUUUGAGGUUUCCAGUAAGGUGACGGGAGAUUCGUUAAAGGGCUUGUAUGUGCAUGCCUCGAAAAUGCCGCAUCACUGUGUACCGAAUACGGCCACCGCUAUAGAUGAUGAUUAUAAUAUGAAAAUUUAUGCUGCGGUACCCAUAAAGGCGGGAGAAGUCAUCUACAAUUCCUAUACGAAUCCAUUGAUGGGAACAGUACAAAGACAACAUCACUUGCGCCUGACACGGCACAUUGAAUGCCAAUGCUUCCGUUGCAGGGAUCCCACCGAACUGGAUACCCACAUGAGUUCUCUCAAGUGUAAACAAUGCCCCGAUGGCUAUGCCAUUUGCUCCCACGGCAAAUGGCAGUGUUUGGAUUGCCAGGCCAUUACCGAUCCAGUUUUUGCCCAAAAGCUACUCGUCCAGGCCUCCGAAGAUAUUGGCAAUGCCAAUGGCGAUGUUAUGACCUAUGAGGAGUUGUUGCGCAAAUAUUCCUCCGAUUUCCAUCCAAAUCAUUUUCUCUUGAUUGACAUUAAACAAAAUAUUGCCACGGUGCUGAGGGCUGUCCUCAUCAAUUCCAUGCGUGAACCCAAUAAAGACAUAUUGCGCCGACGUCUAGAGUUGUGUGAAGAAAUACUGCCGGUGGUGCGAGCUGUCAUACCGGGCUAUUCCAAGUUGUAUGCCAUAGCUUUGUAUGAAUAUUUAUUGUCAUUCCUGGAAUUGGCCGAAUUGGAUUUUCGCAGCAAGGAGAUACCGAAAGAUAUGUAUAUUGAAAAAUUACAUGUGGCCCGAGAAAUUGCCCUGGAAUCCAAAGACUUGUUAUCCUUUGAGCCGCCGAAUUCACCCGAAGGCCAUCUGGUGCGACGCAUUGCCAUACAGCAGGAACAAAUUGAAGAGAGUUUGAGUAAAUUUGAAAAUAAAUAGGAAAAUAUGAAAUUAGUUUUAGAAAAAAAGGGGAAAUAAAUUAAAAAAAAAAAUAAAAAAA